GCCGCUUGGCGCUGUCGUCUUCGUCUUCGUCUUCUCUCUCUCUCUUUUUUCUUUCUUUUUUUUCUCAGUGGAGAAUUCGCUGGAAGUAGAAAAUCGAUUCCUCGAUGGAGGGUGGUUGGUUUCAGGAGAUAUGGUUGAUGGAGAUGAGCAAAGUAAAGGGCUAAGACGUUCUUCUUCGAGCCGUAGCGCAAAUGCAGAAGCAAGGAUGAAAUUUGCUUCGGUGGAUGCUUUAUCAGAGUUAGUCUGGUCUCCUCGCAACGGUCUAAGCCUAAGAUGUGCAGAUUUCAGUUUCACGGGAAAGGGAAAAUUACUCUCUCCUAAUUUCUUUGCUGAUAUAGGACAAACCAACAACAUGGAGGUUCAUUCGAAAAGCACAGCUAUCGAAGAAGAAGAAGAAGAUGAAGAUAAUGAAGUGAAGAGCAAUGAAAUGAAUAGACCAUUGUCAGGGGUUGGUGAUUCUGUUGAGGAUUUGAAACCUGAAAGAGAAGAAGAGAUGGUUGAGGAUAAGGUUGAAACCAAUGAUGAUGUAGAGAGUGAAGAAGCCGGGAGAGGAGUAGGAAGUUCCAAAAGAUCUCUAGAUAGCCCGAGAGAUAUUGGAGGAAAAGCUGAAGCUUUGUUGGCUAAUGAACAGUUGAGGUUGGAAAGUGCUGGAUCUCAAGAAGCAACAGGUGAGAACAACUUGGAAACUGUUGCUGUUGCAGCUAGUAAGGAUCUGGUGGUAUUUGAGAGCAAAGAGGAAUGCUUGGCGGAAGAUGAGACAGAUGUCGAGAAGGCUGGACCUAGUGGUUCCUACAGGCGUCGUGCCAAAGAGCUUAAAGGGAAAGAAAAGGCUUUAUCUGAUGGAAACUUUGAUGAUGCCGAUGAUGAUGAUGAGAGUUUUGGGAGUGUGGAAAGUUGCAACAGUGCUGGUUUGCUCUUAAGAGGAAAGAAAAGACCAGGCUUUGAGCAGCAGCUGAUUCUUGGAAGCAAACGGCUCAAAACGCUAAGCCAAGAAUGUUUGGGGUCAACUUCAAAACUCAAGCAAGAUAGUUCUUUCAUGAAUUGGAUAUCAAACAUGACAAAAGGAAUCUGGAAAGGUAAUGAAGAAGAAGAUAAUUCUCCUUUUGUAGCUCUUACCACCACCUCAGAUGCUAAUGGUCAAGUUAAUGCGAUUGUUGAUCAACAACAACUGAGUCUCAAGGAAAACAGUGGUUGCAGAAACACCGGUUUCCAGUCUUUUUUCCAUUCUAUAUACUGUCCUAAGAAAAGAAGUCAAGAUGCCGUCGAGAUGGAUUCCACGGAUGACGCUAAAGUGGCUUCUUUGCAGGAACUGUGUCUCAUUACCAAAGGGGAUCACUUGUCUUCAUCUGGUAAUGAGAUUGGCCCAGUGACUGAACACAACAUUUCAUCUGAAAAAGUUGGGUUUAACAAGACAAGUGAAACUUUCUCUUCCGAGAAAAAACAUGAGGACAAAGAGCCAAACAUCUCUUUGUUGUCUCUUAGUAAGUCUAAGACUAAUGGAGAGCUUAAGGCCUGUGGUGAAGCUGAUGAAAAGGUUACUCAAUGUUUAACCAACAGAAACUCUGGUCUUGAAAGUUUGUGGAUUAGCCGGUUUUCUUCUAAAAGUUCUUCCCCUCAGAAAAAGAAUCUUCAUGAGAGAAUCACCAAUGAAGUGGCUAAAGUGGCCAAUGAUUCAGCCACAGAGGCGGCUAAAACCCGUGAUUCGCAGAGAAUGCUGAUUGACAAUAAUCCCAACACUAUCCUUCCCAUAGUUUCUUCACUGAGAAUAGAGUCUUCAGAAGCAAUGGCUUCUUUGUUUGCAAGAAGAUUAGAAGCAAUGAAACACAUCAUGCCCUCAAGUUCUUUAGCUGAGAACGAAGAGGAGGGACAAGCGAAUCUAGUCUGUUUCUACUGCGGGAAAAAGGGUCAUCGUUUACAGGAUUGUUUGGAAGUAACUGACACCGAGCUCAGAGAUCUAGUCCAGAACAUAAGUUCUCACAACGGAAGAGAGGAAGGGUCAAGUCUGUGCAUUAGAUGUUUUCAGCUAAGUCACUGGGCUGCAACAUGCCCGAAUGCUCCACCUUACAGUUCAGGAGCUGAAGACAGAGCGAUGAAGCACGCUUUAGCUUCUACCUCUGGCACGAAGCUGCCCUUAAGUGGUUUCACAGACGCACCAAAGGCGGUCUUUGAUGCUGUUCAAGUGCUUCGCUUGACCCGCACAGACGUUCUCAAAUGGAUAAACACCAAGAAGUCUGUAUCGGGUCUGGAAGGGUUCUUCUUGCGGUUAAGGCUCGGGAAAUGGGAAGAAGGGCUUGGAGGAACCGGUUACUAUGUAGCCCGCAUAGAUGGUGCUACAGAGGGACAAAACUCAAGGAAACAUUCAGAGAACAGCUCAAUCUCAGUUAAGGUUGGAGGGAUGACUUGCUUUGUUGAGUCUCAGUUUAUCUCAAACCAUGACUUUCUUGAGGAGGAGUUGAAGGCGUGGUGGCGGAGCGCCGAAAAAAUUGCCCGAAGAAGUGGUGACGGCGGUGACGGUAUCCCAUCGGCAGAGGAACUUAGUCGGAAAAUUCAGCAGAGAAAGAUGUUAGGCUUUUAGACAUUUGUUAAACAAAUUGUACUUGUUUUUGGGGGUAACUUGUGUAAAAAUCAAUUUUAAUAUUAAAUUUUUUUUUCUCAA